AUGGCGAGGGGGCGCUUCGGCGGGACGGGUGCGCGGGGCGGGCCGGCCAGGGGCAAGGGACCCAGGGACCGCGGGAGGGGGCGCGGCGGGCAGCACCCCGGCGGCAUCCACCCCGGCCUGCGACCCGUCACCGAGGACAUGAGGAUGGCCAUCAAGCAGCAGCUGGACGAGUUCCGCGCGAACGACGAGGCGGAAUUGACAUUCCCAGCAGGCCUCACCAACCAUGACCGGGCGGUGGUCCACGACAUGUGCCGUCGAUAUGGAUUUGACACAAAGAGCUAUGGGUGCGCUGCAGUGGAUGCAAGAGGGUGCAGAGGGUGGUUAGCUUUGGCAAAGGCGUAUUCACAUCGUCGUUUUGCCUAUGCAGGGCAAAGCAAUGGCCUCAUGUUUGGCGCAAUAGCAGUUCAUGGGAACAAAAGAAAUUACAAUGACCAGUGCUUUUUGGCUUCUCAAUAG